UUCCUCCACUUGAAGAAGCGCCAUUUUCGGCGUUGUCAUACAGCAUGUCGCUAAUGUUUAUGACAUAAUAAGAACGAAUUUCAGUGUUUGUUAUUCUACGUUUGCUUUCCAAGUACUAUCUGAAAGAUGGGGCGAAAGAAGAAGAAGCAGAUGAAGCCAUGGUGCUGGUAUUGUAAUCGAGAUUUCGAUGAUGAAAAGAUCCUCAUCCAACAUCAAAAGGCCAAACAUUUUAAGUGCCAUAUAUGUCACAAGAAGUUGUACACUGGUCCGGGGCUGGCAAUCCAUUGUAUGCAGGUUCACAAAGAGACCAUCGACGGGGUCCCCAAUGCCAUACCUGGAAGGGUAGACAUAGAAUUGGAAAUCUAUGGCAUGGAAGGAAUUCCAGAGAAGGAUAUGCAGGAGAGGAGACGGACAUUAGAACAAAAACAGGAGAGCCAGAAGAAGAAGCAGAAUCAGGACGACUCUGACGAGGAUGACGACGAUGAUGAUGCUCCAGGCCCUUCGUUCGUUCAGCAGCAGAUGCCUGCUGCCCAGCCCCAGGCUAGCUAUGUCCCUCCCAUGGCCCAGCCAGGCAUCCCCCCCGGGGCCAGGGCUCCAGGCAUGCCACCAGGAGCUUACUCAGGAAUGCCCCCUAUGAUGCCAGGUCACGGUGUCCCGCCCAUGAUGCAUGGGAUGCCCCCUGGUAUGCACGGAAUGCCACCAGGCAUGAUGCACGGGAUGGGAGGGAUGAUGCCUCCAAUGAUGCAAGGGAUGCCUGGUAUGCCGCCAGGAAUGCCACCCCACAUGGGUCACCGUCCUGGUAUGCCCCACAUGGCCCAGGUCCCCACCCCGGCAGGGAUGCCCCGACCCUCCGCAGCAGCCCCUGCUGCCGUCAGCAAGCCCCUGUUCCCCAGCGCAGUACAGAUGGGCUCUCAUGUUCCAAACACCAUCACAGCCUCUCCCAGUAGCACUGCAGACUCUCAGUCUGCUGCCUCUAAGCCUCUGUUCUCUAACACUCCACAAGCUCAGCAGAGUGCCUCUGGAGCUGUGCCCCACAGCGCGCCCUCCACCUCCUCUGACCCUCCCAAAGCAACAUUCCCCGCCUACACCCAGUCCUCUGCCUCCUCAUCCUCCUCUAACCCCCCUAGUAACACUGUGGCCAAGCCCCCCGCCACAGUGACCAGUAAGCCAGCCACCCUCACCACCAUGAGUGCAACCAGUAAGUUGAUCCACCCUGAUGAGGAUAUCUCACUGGAGGAACGACGGGCUCAGUUGCCCCGGUACCAGCGUAACGUGCCCAGGCAGGGGCAGGUCCACAUGUCUGCCCCUCCUGUGGUGGCCGUGGGCGGCAUGAUGCCCCCACAGCAGGGCAUGCCCCCGCAGCAGCCUGGCAUGAGGCACCCCAUGCACGGUCAGUAUGGUGGUCCCCCCCAGGGCAUGCCUGGCUACAUGCAGGGUGGGAUGCCUCCGUAUGGGCAGGGCCCUCCGAUGGGAUACCAAGGAGGGCCUCCCAUGGGCAUGCGGCCCCCCGUCAUGUCUCCUGCGGGACGAUACUGAAGCAGUCGCAACGACCUGGCCCCUCACUAGGUUUGGAGGUUAAACCUUUUCUCACCUUGUGCUUUUUAAAACUAGCCCAAGCCAAUGAGCUGUAAGACCAACCAGUGAUGGUGAAGAAAAGUAUUAAUGAAAAAAAAUAUAUAUACACAGCACACGGACAUUUAACAUGACAUCUUUAAUGGGGAAAAAAACAUAGAAACAACAAAACACACAAAACAACUUGUUGAUAAUGACAACUUUGUCAUUGUGCAGAUUUGAUACAUGUAUGGUGUUUUUCUUCUCAUGUUUCACUCAGGUUUGUAGAAGUGAAGUGUGUUAAAUAUGGUUCAUAUUGUUUUGACUGCUCGCUGCUGGAGUAACAUGAUCGUAUCGCCCUCCCCUUACAAAAAGGCAAGUUUCCUGUAAAUAUAUGAUUUUCUGUUGUGUAGAGUAAGUCGGUGACGAGGCCCUCACAGCACACUUGUGUGUUGUUGGACGCCCUGUCCCCAACCGUAUGGUUGGUGAGGGUCCUCCUUUAUGAUGACGAUUCCAACUGUUUAGUAGUUUACCAUGGAUUAUUAUUAUCUAUCAGUCUCUAGCUUCAUUCUUAUUUCAGGUUUAUUCCAUGAUCAAAAGGGUAACUUGUGUGGAUUUAUUCUCUGUACUGUUUUAAGCAAUCUAUGUUGUAAUAAAACUCACUUAAAAUCCAACACUGUUUUCUUCCUGACCCAUGGAUGGGGAUGAGGCUUCAUGAAGGUUUGUACCAUGAAGGUUAGUACCUUCAUCAUGAAGGUUUGUACAUAAAUGUUGUAUUUAUGAAAUAUUGUUCAAAUAAUAGAAUGUCAACAUUCCAGAUCUGGUAUUUUUAAACAUGUUUUAAUAUACAAAUUGUCUUGAUGCAGAUACGUUUAUAGCCUGAUGUUCUUUAAUAGUAAUUCAAUCAUUUAAACCUGCACCCUGAAUCAGUUUAUCUUCCUCACCUUAGGUUCACUAACAUUUGCAUGCAAGUGCUCUAUACUCUGUGAGUGGUUGAUGAUAAAUAUGCAUUUUACUUGAUGUCGGGUGUAUUUUUCCUAAACCACCUACUCACCUACUACACCGUUCAGGUGUUUAGCUUUUCAAGUCAGAGGGCCUUAUUUGGUGUUAUUCCACUAUGGUGCAUCAGUGUUUCCCCUAUAUGUAUUUAGCAGCGGCACAAACCGCUGCUAAACCGUAACCGCCACUGCAAAAAAAUAAAUAGCCAGGAAUAUAGAAACGAUAAUGGCGCAAUAUAUUUGAAGACUAAAAAUCGCCAAAAUAAAGACUAGACAGUUGGAGAAGGUAAAAUAAAAAAAUGUCAUGAUAUAGGGCCCCUUUUGAUUUGGUUUGUCAUUUAGAUAAAUUAGGAACAAUGCAUAAGCCAUGGCAAAAUGUGUAGAAAAUUUUAAAAUUUGCAGAGGCAGAGAGGAGGGCCGCUAAAAUGUGCCAUUUGCCACGCCCAAUACCCCCACAUGCUAACUUUGCCACUGCUGUUGGAAUAAAAUACUAGGGGAAACACUGCAUAGCAUAUUAAAAUCGAAAAACCAUUACUUUGUAAGCCCAUGUCUAUUUUGAUGGUAAUGUCCUUAUCUGCUUUUCAGCCUAAAACACAGAUUUCUUGCGAAACAGGUCAGUUAUAUCUGUAAGUACCCAUUCCCUUACCAUAGUGUGGCUGUAUCUUGCACCGGAUGUACCGUUUAGUAGUAACUAGUUAUUGAAUCUGAAGUAAUGCAUUUUGGGAGUUUUUCCAAGAUUUGUACAUUGUUUUGAGUAUUGUAGAGUUAUUCUAAAGUACUUGCUCAAGAUUUGUUACACCAAUUGGUUGCAUACAAAUAUAAUGAAUGUUGAAUGCUGUGGUGUGCCAUUGUUGCCUCUUUCUGUCUGGUGGUGAAGGGGGCAGCUUGGUGGAAACUGGACACAUUUUUACCCCACUCAUUUGCACCAGCGGCAUGUGAAAGACGAGCCUGACUUCUCCCCUCUCUGGGCCCCAGCUGAGGGAGGAAGUGCAACUACCAACACCAGAGUCCAAAGGGAUACAUUCUAAUAACAAGCAUAUCAUAUAAGAAUAUUAUGCAGAUAAGACAUCUUAAUUAUCUAUGUUACCUAAGUCUUCUACCACAAUUGAUAUACCAUCCAAAGUGUUAACUUCACCAUGUUCAAAGGGAUAUUCAAUGUCUGCUUUUUAUUUGAAUUGUACCCACCUACCAAUAGAUACCCUUUGCGAGGCAUUUGAAAACCUCCCUGGUCUUUGUGGCGAAUAUGUUUUGAAAUUCACUGCUCAGCUUCUGGGACCUUUUUUUAUAUGUAUGUGUGGGGUACAGGAUUGAGAGUUAUUCAAAUGUUAAGCACUAUUUUUGCACACUGAGUCCAUACAACUUAUAUUGUGACUUAAGCUAAUUUUCACUCCUGAAUUUAUUUAGGCUUGCCAUAACAAAGGGGUUGAAUACUUUUUGAUUCAAUACGUUUCAGCUUUACAGUGAAUUAAUUUGUAAAAAGUUCAAAAAACAAUUCUACUUAAACAUUGUGCGGUAUUGUAUAAGCCAGUGACACAAUCUCAAUUGAAUCAAUUUUUAAAUUCUGGCUAUAACACAAAAUAGAAAAAGUUAAGAGGUGUGAAUACUUUUGGAAGGCACUGUACAUGAUGGCUGUUGUAAAAUAAUGAUUGUAAAGUUCAUUUGAAAACACUCCCAGACCAUAUUAAGGUAAUGUUUUUUUUCUUCAAGAUGAUCAUUGUUUACAGAUUUUAAUAGAUUAUUAAUAGUUAUGGAUUAAAGUAUUUGGCCUGUUGGAUGUUGUCGUCAACACUCGUCCGAACUCAUCUUCCAACUUUCGCAACAAUGUGCUGCUGUGUUAAACUGUUACUCGGAUUAGCUUCACCAUUAUAAUUGAAUUCUCCCCAGUUACAAUUGUCAACAUGCAUCCUAUAACGUUCUUUUAAAGGGAACAUUGGCCUGUUUGUUCAUUAACUAUACAUUUCACAUAAAACAAAUAGACAUGUUAUUUCACAAGACCAUGUUGGCAGUAUCACAGUUUCUCUCCAUUUGCUGAUGUGCAUAAAUUUAUCCUAAUGUAAAAAUCCAAAUGCUUUGUAUCAAAACACACUAUUAUAAGAAUAAAUCAUGUGUAUUGUG